CAGCCAUGUUCACGCCGGGGAUGCUGCGGUCGGCCGUUACGAUGGCGUCGCUCGGCGCAGUCAUGGCGUUCGUGACGUGUCCGGUCGGACCAUCAUCUGCCAUGAAGGGCAAGACAAGCGUUGCAUCCUCCAUGUUGCAGUUGAGGAGAAACGCUCCACCCUCCCUUGACUGCUCGAUGAAACAAGACGUCCCUGAGUCGAGAAGAGAGCUGCUCUCCAACUUUGUGCAGGCCGGCGCUGGACUCCUCGUCUCCUCCCUCCCGUUACCGUCCUUUGCUGCGACUAAGGAGGAGCUGAAAUGCCGAGCAGCGAUCGGUGGAGGACAGAGAUGCGAGGGGAGCAAGAACGUUGAGUUCAAGAAGGCGUUCGAGACGGUGGCAGGGGGACAAGUGAAAGUGACGGGAGAUCCCAACAAAGUCUCCACCUACCUCUCGCAGAUCGACGCGGGGUACCAGACACUGGUGGAGCUCCAGGAGAAGUGGGAUGGAUACAUCGCAGCUGGAGAUGGAGAUGUCAUCCGAAGGAGGCUGGGCACUGUCGGCAACAAGAGCCCAUUGUUCAACAUCAGGAAGGCGUUCGAAGGUGCAAUGAAGGCCUGUGCGAGAAGAAGCGAUAUCUCCGGUGAAGAGCUGGAUGAGUUGGAGGAAGAAUUCAACAUCAUCCUCUCGCUCAUCGCCGAGGUCGACUACAACCUCUACUCUACCGGCUACGUGGGAACAGACGAGACCGCGUCUACUCUGAGGGAGAACGGCAAGUCAGCGCUCGACCGCGUCCUGUCCAAGUACGAGAAGUUUGACAAGGCAAUCGAGAGGUUCGCUAAGGCGGAGUGA